CUGCUGCGGCGCGGUAGCGGUCAGCGGAGUGAGAUCCAUUCGGCAUUCGGCAUUCGGCAUUCGGCAUUCGGCGAUGCCGGGCCCGGGUCCGCACACGAUGUACGCGCUGGGCACGGGCAUUGCGCUGAUGCACGUCACACGUGGCUCGUUUAGCCCGCACCACUGCCUCUUCUACGCUACCAACGCCUUCCUUGGCCCCGAUCUCGGCUCCUUCUCCGAAUGGCUCACUUCCUCCGCCAUAGGCCUCGGCCAAGGCUUCGGUUCUCUUGCUAUGGACUUCAUCCAUCAUCCCUUCUACUACCCUUUCCUCCUUGGCCUGCCUCUCGCCCUCUUCUACUCUUGGCUUUCUGGUAUACUUUUCCGUGGUGGGUUUCUCGAUUCUCUUUCUGGGCAGGUUCCGCUUAGCAGAUGGCAGUGCUUCUUGUUGGUCUGCGCGGGCUCGCUGUCCCACUUUUUCUUGGAUCAUUUGUUUGAGGAAAAUGGCCAUUCUUCUACAUAUUCUUGGAUUUUGAGCACAGGCUGGUGGGAAGGUGCAGCUCCUAUUAAUCAAGAUGCUGUUCUUGUUGUGGGAUUCUUAUGCACUUGCUUAUUUAUAGGCUUUGUUUACAUUAACAGGGUCAAGCAUAACAGUUCUGUUGUCACAAAAUCAAGUCAAUCAAUGAGACUUAUUUUGGCUAUCGGAAGCCUGUACUGCCUAUGGUGCACUAGUCAGAUAUACUGGAGGAAUCCUCCACAGCCAGCAAUCGGUGAAGAGGCUGAUCUUGGUGUUCUUAUAUUUCUCACUAUUUAUUUUUUCCUCCCGCAUGGCUUAUGCAUCCUUUCUAUGAACCCGAAAUACCAUCUCGACACACCAGAAGAACUACCAUUGUAGCAACGCUUGCUCAAUUUCAGUCUGAAGAACUGUAAUAUUCUUGUAUACGUAAUUAAAUUGGUUGAACGCCAUAUCAAUGUUGGUAACUUGUUAAUGAUAUCUUAUUGUGUUUGGAAAUUCGCAGAAGAUUAUGUAGAGACUUGAAAAUGAACAUGACCACGAUAUUGUGUACAGUUUCUUGCUUGUUUGUAUGAAUUAUGUUUAUUUGAGGGCAGUAAAAUUUAA